ACGGGGCCUGGAAGGCCCCCCAGCCUGGCUCUGGCCCCGGUCCCGGCCCCGCUUUUGAUCCACCGCCGCUCGGCCGCCAUCUUGGACCUGGCUCAGGGCACCCGAGGUGGCGACGACCCCUCUUGGCUCCCCAGCCCGGUGGCCGAGCCUCCCCUUUCCCUCGGGAAUGGAAGGGCAGGACAAGCGGAGGAAGGCCCGGAGGGCCGCGGGGACCCAGCUGGCGCGCGCCGCGAGCUGGCUUUUCCCACGGCAGCCGCGCUGGGCUCCCGCGGGGAGGAGCCGGCGGUCCGCGCCCUGCCAGUGUGGCGUCUCCCGGCCACCGAGUCCCGGGGCGCCGAGCCGCUCCCCUCCGAGCUGGCUCUCCUUGACCGCCGCGUCCCCCCUCGCGGCUCGGCGGCUGGAGCCGCGCUCGCGGGCGUCGCGGGAACGGGCCGCCGCCCCCGCCGCUCGCCCGGGUCCUGCGGGACUAACCAAGCUCCUUCCUCGCAGGGCCGCAGCACCGCGGGCGAGGAGAGAAUGGCGACCGCGCAGCGGCAAAGGCCUUCCCUGGGCGCGGCGCUGUUCCCCGCCCGAGCGGCGACGGAGCAGCAAUCGCUGGUCCUGGUGAAACGGCUGCUGGCCGUCUCCGUCUCCUGCAUCACGUACCUGCGGGGCCUCUUCCCGGAACGGGCCUACGGGACGCGCUACUUGGACGAUCUCUGCGUGAAGAUCCUGAAGGAAGAUAAAAACUGCCCUGGUUCCAGCCAGCUAGUGAAAUGGAUGCUAGGAUGUUACGACGCCCUGCAGAAGAAAUAUCUCAGAUUAAUCGUCUUAGCAGUCUACACCAAUCAGGAGGACCCCCAGACGGUUACAGAAUGUUACCAGUUUAAGUUCAAAUACACAGACAAAGGACCAUCAGUGGAUUUCAGAAGUCAGGAGAGUCAAUCGAGCAUCACAUGCGCUGAUACUAAGAAAGCAAGUAUCCUGCUCAUCCGGAAGAUUUAUAUCCUGAUGCAGAAUCUGGGACCACUGCCUGAUAACGUCUGCCUGACGAUGAAGCUGUUCUAUUAUGAUGAAGUGACCCCGGCUGACUACCAGCCCCCAGGAUUCAAAGAGGGCGAUUGUGAAGGGAUGGCGUUUGAGGGGGAGCCAAUGCACCUCAAUGUUGGGGAAGUUCCCACCCCUUUUCAUAUGCUGAAAGUGAAAGUGACAACCGAGAAGGAUCGCAUGGAGCGCGUCGAUAAAGCCAUCCUAAAGGAGGACCCCUCCCUUGGUUCCGCACAGGGCUGGCACUUCCAUGAAGGCCACAACCAGAAAAUGGAUGAAGAUUUUAUUGCAGAAAAUAAAACAGGAGAGCAGAAGAAUGCAAACAGGAAGCUGCACCCCAGAGAACAAAAUCUAAUUUGCAAAGAUGAAGGAAGAGUAACAGAGGAACGCCAGAACGGUACCAUCGGUAAUUCUAAGGUGGAUCAUUUAAUAAACAAGACAUCGGAACUUGAAGUCACUGAGGGCAAGACCCGAAGCGGAAAAAGAUUUCAGUGUUAUACAGGUGACGCCGGGAGCAUAAAGCGGGGAGCAGCAGGGCCUCCCGAAGCCCAGAAGAGGAGUAGCUCGGAAGUGGAGCAGCCAGUCCCCCGCCUGGACUUCGCUCCCAGCCGCGGCUGCGGGACCAAGCGGGCGAAGAUCAGCGAGCCUGAGGAGCGGCUCUAGGCGCACCGCUCGCCCCCCGCCGGCUUCUCCCCGAGGGUCGCAGUUCGAGACAGAACACGCACGCAACGAAGCCGCACGGACGUCGAGGUGGAGCUCGCUUUAAAGGGCUGAGGCCGUCAAGGGCGA